CUCGUUCGGAUAUGCAUGAAAGAUCUCCUUUCUGUGCCUGCAAUGACGAUUCUUCCACCCAUCAACGCCUGCCUACCUACCCCAAGGCGGCUAAGGUUCCAGCAAUUAAUAAUUUAUUUAUAGCUUUAUUUGAUCAAGCCAAUUAUAUAUGGAUGGUCAUCAUGACUAUAUCUGCACUCUCUGUCUUCAGUCUGACAUUCACUUUCAGGGACCGAGUGAGCGAGCGGAGGAAUGGAGGAAGCCAUGGCGAUUCUGCGCGAUGCUUCGCCGUGGAGCCUGCUCGCCGGCGCGGCGGCCAUGGCGACUCUGUGGUGGGCGGUCCGGAUGCUUGAGUGGGUCUGGUGGGGCCCGAGGCGCGUCGAACGGGCCCUGAGGGCGCAGGGCCUCAGGGGCACCCAGUACCGGCUCCUGAGAGGCGACAUCAAGGAGGAGCAGCGGCUCAUGAGGGCGGCCCUCUCCAAGCCCGUGCCAAUGGACCGGCCACACCACAUAGUCCCGCGCGUCUCCCCUCUCCUCCACCGCGUCACGGAGGAGCACGGGAAGGUUUCAUUGACAUGGUUUGGGCCAUACCCAAGAAUCACAAUCAGUGAUCCUGAGCUGGUUCGACAAGUUCUGGCAAAUAAAUUUGGCCACUUCGAUAAAACGAAGCUAGCCCGCCUUGCAAAGGUAUUUAUUGGUGGACUCGCAGUACUUGACGGUGAAGAAUGGGCCAAACAUAGGAGGAUCAUGAAUCCAGCCUUUCAUGCAGAAAAGCUAAAGCGGAUGUUGCCAGCAUUCUCUGCAUCUUGCAGUGAACUAAUUGACAGAUGGGAGAAUUCAGUCACCGUUUCCGUUGGAGCAAUAGAGCUUGAUGUUUGGUCGGAGUUCCAAAAUUUAUCAGGGGAAGUCAUUUCAAGAGCUGCAUUCGGUGUCACCAACGAAGAAGGCAGGCGCAUUUUCCAACUUCAGGCCGAGCAAGCAGAGCGCCUUGUCCAAUCUUUCCGGACUAAUUACAUCCCGGGCUUCUCUCUGUUGCCGACAGAAAACAACAGGAGGAUGAAGGCUAUAAAUACAGAGGUCAAAGCGAUUCUAAGGGGGAUAAUAGAGAAGAGGCAGAAGUACAUGAAGAAUGGAGGAACUGACAAGGACGAUCUGCUCGGCCUGCUGCUAGAGUCAAACAUGGAUUACAGUGAUGCCGAUGGCAAAACAAACAAGGGGAUGACCGUGGAAGAUGUCAUUGAUGAAUGCAAGUUGUUCUACUUCGCGGGAAUGGAGACUACAGCCGUACUGCUCUCAUGGACGGUGGUGUUACUAAGCAUGCAUCCGGAGUGGCAGGAUCGUGCCAGGGAGGAGGUUCUGCAAGUAUUUGGGAAGAACAAACCAGAUUUAAAUGGUCUUAGCCGCCUAAAAGUUGUUAUGAUGGUGUUCAACGAGGUCCUGCGUCUGUACCCACCGGUGAUGCUCAUUAACCGCCGGACAUACAAGAAGAUAGAGCUCGGAGGCGUCACAUACCCGCCGAACGUGAUGCUCGCGCUGCAACUCAUGUUCAUCCACCGUGACCCUGCCAUCUGGGGGGAUGACGCCGGCGAGUUCAAUCCGGGGAGAUUUGCCGAGGGGGUCUCCAAGGCAAGCAGGGACCCGGGGGCCUUCUUCGCCUUCAGCUCAGGGCCGAGGAACUGCAUUGGUCAGAACUUCGCGCUGCUUGAGGCCAAGGUGGCCGUCAGCAUGAUCCUGCAGCGGUUCUCUUUUGAGCUGUCGCCGACGUACGUGCACGCACCCUAUGCCGUCCUUACACUGCACCCGCAGCACGGUGUUCCGGUCAGGCUGCACCGGCUCUGAAUCGGUGAUCAAAAUGUAUCUAGACCCGUCAUUUUAAUGUCAAAGAAAGUACUCCUCUGUAAAGAAAUAUAAGAGCGUUUAGA